AUGUCAUCACCGCCGCCUCACCCAACGCCGACAAAUCCCCUCAAACGGCCCUCCAUCUCCUCCUCCGCCUCACAACCUCUCGGCUCCAACCCGAAACGCCCACGCAUGCACCCCCUCCGGCAGACGUCCUUCCCGGCCAGUAUAGACAAUGACCAGCGCACAUUCAGCGCCACUAGCGACGCGGGGAGUGUGACGGGCAGUUUCACAGGUAGUCUGGGCGGAACGAGCGCGGACGGGGUGUUCCUGGGGGCGGCGAAGAAGGGGAAACGCGGGCGCAAGAGUAAAGCCGAGAAGGAGCGGGAGCGCGAGCAGCGGGAGGAUGCGGCGAGUUUGCGCGGGGACACGCGACUGGGGUCUGUGGAUGCGGAUGGGAUGUCUGUACGGGCUGGUGGGAUGGCGAGGGGGGAUGCGGCCGGGGAGGAGGGCGAUGAGGAUGAGGAUUUUGAUGAUGAGGGGGAGCUCCUAAGGGGUGAGGAAGGGGUGACAGAUACGGAGGCCGAGAAGAAGAACCUUGCGUUACUGGUGGAUGCGUUCAAUCCUAUUCAGUCAGAGCGAUACGAUCUCUUCAAACGGGCCAAGCUGCGCAAGGAGACGCUGCGGCGAAUUGUCAACCACGCGCUGUCCCAAUCUGUUCCCGCCAGUGUCGUGACUACCAUCAACGGUUUCACCAAGGUCUUUGCGGGCGAGAUCAUCGAGAAGGCGAGGACCGUUCAGGCCGAGUGGGCUAUCGCCCAUGAUCAGGCCGCACGCGCUGCAUUUGACGCCGAAGAGGCCGAGGCCGAGGCCAGGGCGGCUGAAGCGGCGGCGAAGGCAGCGGCUUCUGCUACGCCGGCGACGGGGGGUCAAGGACAGAGCCAGCCUCAACCGUCGGUCAAGAAGGAGCACUCAGACAGCAAUCGCUCAACCCCAAUCCCUCCUUUAUCAUCCUCUCCCAUGCCGCAACAGCAGGCUUCGCAACCGUCCACGCAUUCUAUAUCUGGUUUUCCGCAGCAGCAGCAAGAACAGCAACCCCCUCCAGCACGGCCGAAAAGGGAAUUCAAGCCGCCGCCUAAUCCUCACCGGGGCCAGCUGCUUCCUUCUCAUCUUCGCGAGGCAUUACGACGGUACAAGCGUGAUGGCGAGGGUGGUGGUGUCGGGUUCUCGGGUUUGAGGCUAGGCCUAAAAAGGAAAUCCAAGAAUAUCAUCGUCGAAGCGGCGACGGCGACGGACAAGACGAACUCUCUGCGGGCCGUGGAUCUCGUUGUGCUCGCGUGCAUGCUGAUCAAGGUAGACCUGCACCUGACGGAUGAGCACUCUGAGUACAUCCACGAUAGCGAGGAGGAUGAUGAUCUUGGCGGCCGUAUGGAGGAAGAAGAUCAGGCUGGCGUGUUUGGCCAUGGGGGACUUGAGAGCGAUUAG